AUGACCGUGGGAUCCGCCUCCGAAAUUGAAAUGGACAAGCACGAUGGGGAGGCUCACGUAGUCGACUCUGCCACCAUUCCCGCUGGGGACGCCCCAUUCGAUGACAAGUACGCCGGUCUUGACGACCCCGAGAGAGAUGCCGUCUUCGGAGUCAUGCAAGAGGGCGGCGUGGACUAUCGCAGUGUAGGGCUGUCCAAGUCCAUCGUGUUGAUGGUCAAGCUCACUAUUGCUUUGGGUGUGCUGGCUAUGCCAUCAGUCCUCAUGGCAGUCGGCGGUGUUCCCGGAGUGAUCAUCAUCCUUGUUAUGGCUGGUCUCACUACUUUUACUGGUAUGGUCAUCUACGAAUUCAAGCUCAACCACCCCGAAGUAUAUUCCAUGGACGGUGUAGGCUAUGUUCUGUUUGGCAACUAUGGGCGAGAAUUCUUUUCCUUUGCGUAUGCUCUUUUCAUGAUCUGCUUGUGUGGCUCUGGUAUCAUCACCACCUCACUUGCUUUCAAUGCCAUCACCGAACACGCAACCUGCACCGUUGUCUGGGCCGUCAUCGUCGCUGUCAUCACCUUUGCCUUUGCCUCUCUUCAAACUCUUGGCAAGGUCUCCAUCCUCGGCUGGAUAGGGUUCACGUCCAUCAUGGCCGCCAUCCUCAUCAUCACUGUCGCUGUUGGUGUUCAAGACCGUCCCGAGUCGGCCCCUUCCACCGGGCCAUGGGAAAAAGACAUUGCUGCUUUCCGAACUGAUGGUACUUUCCUCGGUGGUAUGAGCGCUGUCUCUACCGUCGUCUUCGCCUACUGUGGUACUCCUGCAUUCUUCAACGUCAUCAGUGAGAUGCGUCACCCCAAGCGAUACAGCACUGCCCUCUAUUCUGCCCAGGGUCUUUGCACCGCAGUCUACUUGACCAUAGGCAUAGUUGUCUACUACUACUGUGGCCAGUACCUUUCCAGCCCUGCCCUUGGGUCUGCUGGUGAGUUGAUCAAGAAGAUUUCGUACGGCAUUGCCCUUCCUGGUUUGCUUGUCGGGUGCAUUCUCUACACCCACGUCGGCGCCAAGAUGAUUUUUGUCCGUGUCCUCCGUGGCUCUGAGCAUUUGACUGGAAACACCUUCACUCACUGGGCUGUCUGGCUCGGUACCGUCGGCGGGAGUGUUGCCCUCGCCUUCAUCCUCGCUGAAUCCAUUCCCUUCUUCAGCGACUUUGUUAGCCUCAUUGGUGCCGUCUUCGGUACCCUCCUCUCCCUCAUUACCCCCGCCUAUAUGUGGCUCUUUGACAAUUGGGCCCAACGCAGCACCAACAAGUCUCUCCGCUACCGCUCCACCUUCUUCCUUGCUGUUGCCACCUUCUUUAUCGGUAUCUUCAUCAUGAUCACUGGUACUUGGGCCGCGGUAGUCAGCAUCAAUGACUCUUAUGCGGACGGGACUGUCUCUGGUGCUUUCUCUUGCGCCGACAACAGUGGCUAA